AUGACGUUGCUCCUUUCAAUUGGAGCUAUUUUGACGGUGAAAGUUGUUCCUUCACUAAACGUAUUACUACUCUACGGAAAGACAGCCAAGCAGGUGAAAAAGAAAGAUUCAUACGUCAAUCAGAUUGCCCAUUUAACCGUACCGAAGAGUUGGUUCUUACAUUUCUACAUUGUUUAUUUUGGGAUCUUAUCCAUAGGAGGAGCCAUCGUAUACCUACUGAGUGGCCAAAACUGCAGUGUCUUCGUAGCAUACAAUAUGUUGCUAGUUCAAUCGUUCAGAAGAUUAUUGGAGAGCUUGUACAUUACGAAAUUCAAUCCAAGCGCAAAGAUAAACAUUUCUCACUACUUAGCUGGAAUGAUCUUCUACACAACAAUAUCUAUAAAUACGUUCCUCGGGAUUCUUAGGGAAGAGUUGGCACAUUCUCUGGAAAGCGCUAGCGUGCUUACAUACUUCCUUUCCUUCUUGUAUGUCUGCGCCUCAUUAGAUCAGUACUACAAUCACCGUUAUCUCUCUAAACUCGUGAAAUACACAGUGCCCACAAGAGGGCUAUUUUCCAUAUUGGCCGCGCCACACUACUUCGAUGAAGUGGUUAUCUACUUAGUAGUUGCAUUGCUUGCCCAUAUGGAAUGCAGUGCUCCUUUGUCGAUAACUGAAGGGAACUUUUGGCUCAGUGCAACCUUCGUUCUCACUAAUCUUUCCAUAAGCGCACUAGAAUCGAACAAAUACUAUGAGAAAACGAAUAACAAAAAGCCAUGGGCAAUCAUACCUGGGCUAUUAUAA